AUCGCAAGUGGUGCCAUUGGUAAGGUCACGGACUUGGUAUAAUCCUCGAAUUCUCGAUUUAUCCGCAGUCAAUGAGUGCGAGAUGAACAACGGAGGUUGUGAGCAGAUCUGCACAGACACUUUCCUUUCAUAUAACUGCAGUUGUGAGGAUGGCUACUUGUUGAAUGGUGAUGGAACAUGCUCAGAUAUCGAUGAGUGUUUAGGCCAAGACCAUGGCUGUGAAGGCAUUUGUGUUAAUACUGAUGGGUCCUUCUUCUGCAAUUGUAGCGAUGGCUUUCUCCUUAACAUAGACGGAAAAGCUUGCACAGAUAUCAAUGAGUGUAUGGGCGUGGACCAUAGGUGUGAAUACAGCUGUGAGAACACAGUUGGUUCUUACACUUGUGGAUGUGAUGUCGGUUUUGAGUUGAAUACCGAUGGACGAACAUGCAGAGAAACACUUAUCUUUACUCUGUUGCUGAGUAUGGAGGGCACGGGGCAUGAAACGCACGUCGUACCAAGAGUAGAUGAUGGAAUAUCUGACCCAAUACUUGUGACUGACGGGUUUCCUCUUGGAUGCAGCCGUCAUUCCACAAUCUAUGUUGGCACAAAUGGCUACUUCGCUUUCAGUGAAUUCACAGGAUUUACACCAUUUCCUUUUUCUGAGGGAAACGAACUUUCACUGGUGGCUCCAUUCUUUACCGACAUUGACAUCUCAAAGGGAUCUGGUAGAAUUGUGUACCAGGUACACAAUAACUUCAGCGACAUUUUUUCCAGCCAAGUAGCACAGUAUAUCAAUGUUGCAAUAAACACAAACAGAUACACUAACUUUAGUGCAGAAUGGAUUCUCAUUGCUACUUGGACUGAAGUAUCACCAUACAAUACCAACAAUGUCAAAGCUACAUUCUUUGGAAUAUUGGCCACUGAUUACCAGAGAUCAUUUGCUGUCUUCAUAUAUAAUUGUGAAAAUGGAAAUGCAACCUUUUCCAAUCGUGCUACUGUUGGAUUUGUAACCAGUGAUGGUUUCUAUGCAAAUCACGAAGCUUCCUAUGGAUGGAAUCCCUACCCAACACUAUGUCGCAAUCAUCCAACAAGUCAGUGGGCGCAAAUUAUCUAUGAGAUCUCAGGUGAUGAUCCCACCCGUUGCAUCUCCUACACAGAGUAUUAACUGGCACUUUAUAUAAUAAAAUAGUAAAGAUAAUCGAAUGAUUGUGUUAAUACCAUCAGUCUCGACUCUGGUCAACUGUGUGGCGACAUCUCUCUAUAAUAAUAUUAUACUUUCAAAGAGACUAGCUACCUAUAGAGGACAUUGUCCACAUAGUCUAACGAU